AUGCAAAUGGUGUCACAAAUGUCGCCGAGGUCUACGGCCGGAUCUCCUCAACCCGAAGGCGCCCGUAAGCGGCGCCGCACUCCGCUGGCCUGUGACGAGUGCCGCGACAGGAAACGCAAAUGUGAUGGUGUGAAGCCUGUAUGCGGCGCAUGCCGUCGACGAAGCAUCGCGACUUGCGUCUGGAAUGAGGAGAGAGUCAGCAAGGGAUGGACCAAUAGUUAUGUCGAGGGCCUUAGGGCUCGGAUACGAGAGCUCGAAUUGUCACGGAAUCACCCACCAGAACAAUCUGUUGAUACAUCCAGUCUUCUGUUACCGGGGUUGUCACCGCCUGAGCCCGCCAAUGCCAGUCCAGAGAUGCCCCAGCCAAUGACGCAGCCCACGAGCCCGCCAGUAGAACAGACCAUACAAAACUUGCCAAACUACUACAUCAACUUGCAGGCAGACCAUGGGCCUACCGUAGACAAUGGCUUUCCAGAUUCCUUCAAUGACUUGUCGCAUUCACUGCGCAGUAAGCCGGACUCUCCAACCUACCAGGACACAGAUCCAGACCUUGACUCUGCCUCGGAUAGCGACGACACCGGUGUUAACGCAAUGGGAGUCGUAGCUCCCUUGAGUAACAUUGGUGGUAGGCGAAACCGGAGACCUUCGGAGUAUUUUGGCCCGUCCAGCACUGCGAGCCUGGUAGACAGGGCAAGGAGUGCCAUGGGCCAGCAGUGCCGCAAGCACUGGUCUGCAAGGAAUAAUAGGUCGUGCUCUCAAUGCCAACAUGAGCUGGUCUCUGAUCUGAGCCCAUCUCAUACUUCAUCAUCGUGUUCCCACCCACUCAAGACGGAUAGUGCGGUAUUUGGCAUGACAAUUCCGCCACGCGACGAGGCUGACGAUCUUGUCGAGAAUUACUGGCGCUGGACACACUCGCUCUAUCCACUUAUUCAUAGGCCGUCGUUCGAGGAACGCUACCGUAUGAUCUGGUACCCUCAGACCGAGCCACGCUGUCUUCGCACAGAGGCGCACGCCUCCACGCCGGCGGGUCUCUAUACCUCCAUGGGUAAUCGUCUAUUCUACUGUAUGCUUAAUAGCGUGUUUGCUUUAGGUGCUCUCUUCAGCCCCGGGAUGGACCACAAGGACCGGGAUCAGUUGAGCCGCAGCCUCUACGAGCGCGCCAAGAAGCUCAUGGACUUGGACAUGCUCGCCGCAGGCAGUUUAGCUCUCGUACAAACGUUGUUGCUCAUGGGCCAGUAUCUUCAGAGCACUGAGAUGUCGAGCACCUGUUGGAACAUCGUCGGGCUUGCGGUGCGUGUCGCCCAGAACAUCGGGCUACACCACGACCCCAAGAACUGUAAUCAGGGUUGCUGCCCGGCCCAGACUAUGGACCAAACGGAGAUGGAGAUGCGAAGACGGGCCUGGGCAGGUUGUGUAUUAUUGGAUCGAGUUCUCAGCUUGACGUACGGGCGGCCCUUGAUAGUCCAUGCGGCCAUAUCACAGAGCCAGCUCGUCCUGCCACUAGCAGUAGAUGAUGAGUACCUAACACACCUUCCGGAGGCACCAGCAUCUCAACCGGAUGGGAAGCCGAGCCUGACGGAGUGUUUCUGUGAGACGGUCCAGCUGCAGGAUAUCCUCGGCGAGGUCCUAACCACGAUGUACUACCCAGGCCCCGCUCCAAGUCUGAGCCCCUUAACCAACAAUGGAGCAAAAAACAUUGAUUUCCGCAAACUUUUUGCCGUCGACAGUCUUCUUAAAGCGUGGCAUAGAAACCUCCCACCACAUCUUCAAGUCAGUCGGUACAAGAACAGCGGAGAGCCCCCGGCGCUCAGCCUAUCGGAGAAUGAGGUGGUGUUCCGUAGACAGGCGACAGUUCUGGAAGUUAGAUACCUGCACGUUCGCUUAAUGAUGCUCCGGCCAGUUUUGUCAGGCCUUUGUGACCCAGCAUUCCAAUCAACUGAGAUGGUCACGGAUUCCAUACAAGAUGAGACGAUGCUGAAGGCAGCCAACCUAUGCGUGGCUGGAGCACAAGAGUUACUGCGGUUCAUCGAGGAAAACAUGUAUUUCAAGACGGACCUGCUUGCUCCACCGUGGUACACGGUCUUCUAUAUUCAUAGUUGUGCUAUUGUUUUCCUCAUCAGUCUGCUAUGCUCUCCGAAACAUAUUCACUGUAUGGACGAGGCAUCGCUUCUCAAAGGACUGAGCCGCUGUUUCACAGCUCUCAAAAGGUACCAGAGCCGAAGCCGUGCGGCGGGACGCUGCCGCAAAUUUCUCAUUUCAGUGCAGCAAGAGGUCUUCUGCUACCGAACUCAGAACGGUCGUCAGGCUAAAGAACGGACGCAGGAAUGA